AUGAACACCUGCACCUUUCUUGUGAUCAUUUCCUUCUUUUCUCUCAUCAAUAUUGUAGCUCUCUCUUCAGGAGCAAGGGAGUUAAUUUUAAACAAAUCAAGAGUUCUCGUGAGCAAUGGCUUACGUGACGACAAUAUCACGAUCCACUGCUACUCGUCUGACGAUGAUUUAGGUACACAUCAACUCACUUAUGGCGCGAAUUUCAGCUGGCAUUUCCGCACGAACCUUUUUGACACGACAAAGUUUUACUGCGAUUUUAACACAAAGUAUGGUUCGGGAAAGUAUGGGGUUUUCACUUGGAAACUGAGUGUGGACUAUUGUGGUAAUUUCUGCAUAUGGAUUGUGGUCAAAGUAGGGCCUUGCUUGCAAGCUGAUAAGAAAUAUGUGUGCCAAGAUUGGAAGAAUCCACCCAAAACCUUAAGCUGA